UUUUUCAAAAAAACCCAAAGCUUGGUGCCGCUCUUUCAUCGUUUCAGAGAGAGAGAGAGUGAAAGUGUAGGGACUGGAGAUGGAAGGAGGAGGUGCGCAAUACAACCCUCGAACUGUCGAAGAAGUCUUUCGAGAUUUCAAGGGCCGUCGUGCUGGCAUCGUUCGAGCUCUCACCACCGAUGUGGAAGACUUUUUCCAGCAAUGCGACCCUGAGAAGGAGAAUCUCUGCUUGUAUGGAUUCCCAAAUGAAGUGUGGGAAGUUAACUUACCAGCUGAAGAAGUUCCUCCAGAGCUCCCUGAACCUGCACUCGGCAUUAACUUUGCCAGAGAUGGAAUGCAGGAAAAAGACUGGCUUUCUCUUGUUGCUGUACACAGUGAUGCAUGGUUACUUGCUGUGUCCUUUUACUUCGGUUCAAGAUCUGGUUUCGAUAAAGCUGACAGGAAGCGCUUGUUCAACAUGAUAAAUGAGCUGCCUUCUAUAUUUGAAGUUGUAACUGGAAAUGCGAAAAAACAAACAAAGGAAAAGACCUCUUCAGCAAAUCAAAAUGGCAACAAAUCCAAGUCAACUUCAAAAGUGAGAGGUUUAGAUGGCAAACACUCAAGGACAAUGCAGGUCAAGGACGAGGAAGAAGGAGUCGAGGAAGAGGAAGAAGAUGAAGACGAACACGGUGAAACCUUGUGUGGAGCUUGUGGAGAUAACUAUGCUUCUGAUGAAUUCUGGAUUUGUUGUGACAUGUGCGAGAAAUGGUUCCAUGGGAAGUGUGUUAAGAUUACUCCAGCUAGAGCGGAGCAUAUCAAGCAUUACAAGUGCCCUUCAUGCAGCAACAAAAGAGCACGAUCCUAAAUGUUUUAUCCCACAUUUCCACUAGUCUUAGCUAUCCGUCUCUCUAUCCCCCAAAUUGUACAAUGCACUUUAUGUCUGUUUGUUUUUAAGACGCAGCUAGUUCGAAGCAUGUCUAAAUUUGAUUCCUCGUUCUAACUUUGUAUAACUCAAUUUGUAGUCUAUGAUAAGAUAUGUUGCACAA